AUGGAGGAGUUGAUGGAACCAGCCGAAUGGAUUCUACAAACUGCUGCAUCAUCAUCAUCAGCGUCAGCAUCAUCAUCAAUCAGAAACUAUACCGAUGUUGUAACCAUCUGUGAUUUUCAGGGUGCUUCAGAUGCGCAUAGUGAUUGUGCCGUCAAUAUUGUGUGGUGGACAAACGUGAUCUGUCUUCCAACAAUUGCAUUUAUUGGUUUAGCGUGUAAUAUUCUGAACAUUCUAAUACUGACAAGUAAUCGUUCAGCAAAACGUAUGCCAUCUUGGAAUCUUUUAUUGGCAUUAGCAAUAUGUGAUUGUUUGUUCUUGAUUUUUGCCGUCUUUGAAGUAACUCCAGUUAGCAUUGGUGCAUUUGUCGCUCGGCCACCAUUCAAUUUUAUUUAUGCUCAUUCCGUUCUGUAUAUUCGUACAUUAGCAUCGACAUUCUACAAAACUUCUGUCUUGAUAGUGGUGGCAUUUAACUUGGAACGUUAUAUUUGUGUGUGUCACCCUCUUCGGUCACAUCGGUUAUGCACAACUCGAACUAGUCGUCUAGCGAUUGUCUUUUGCAUCUUUACUUCGUUGUUAUGCUCACUUCAGUGGCCGAUUUGUUAUCAUGUUCAGUCAUGCUAUGAUAUAUCUAUUCAAAAUUACUUUUAUAUGGUAAUAUUACGAGACAGUCAUAGCCUUCAGUUUUAUUAUCGCAUCACGGACUAUUUUUCACUCAUUGGUUUCAAUGUACUUCCAAUCUUAAUAUUAUGCGUUCUGAAUAUACGUUUGAUUAUAACACUUCGUAAAGUUGUCGACCGGGAUAUGGCCAGAGGAAGUUGCUGCGAUACGGAACAUCAAGGAACUGGAACGACUUUACUAGCUGACGGCGCACUAAUUCCAGAUUCCACGAUUGGUAUACGUUCGUCGGCGGCUCAGAGAUUCAAUGCAAAUGCGAUGCUGUUUGCCGUUGUUAUUAUGUUAUUCAUUUGUGUUGGACCGCAAGCUCCAGCUCGUCUUCUUUUUGAGUAUUUUGGACAGUAUCACUCUACAGCGAUCGUUUAUACUUGUAUUACUCAACAGCUGGUUUUUUUGAAUGCGGCACUGAAUUUUUGUUGGUACUGUUUGGUAAGUAGACGAUAUCGGACUUUACUGAAACAAACGGUAAAACGAAUUCUUGGUAGCGCUAACAAGUAA